UUUAAAUGCGAUUUUAACUCCUGCGACAAGACCGCAACUACACCCUCCAACCUUAAAGCACAUAAAAGGACACACCUCCCUCUGUCGAAAAGACCCCACAGCUGUAAUUGGGAUGGCUGUUAUAGGAGAUUCUGGACAAUUACUGAUCUCAACCGUCAUUCCAAAAUCCAUCAACCCGGGACGGAUAUGUUUGAGUGCGGCUGCGGUAAAGAGUACACGAGAAAAGAUUCUCUUCUGAGACAC